AUGGUUGGUGUAAUUUUAUUCUGUAUAGGGGAAGAUGAUCUUCUUUUGUGGCUGGCAAAGGUGGUUUUGUCUGCGACAUUAACUCGAGAUCCAGGAAGGCUUGUUCAGCUUAAUUUGCGUCACCCUUUGUUCCUCAGUGCUGGCAAAAUGCGGUAUAGGCUCCCAGAAAAUUUGGAAUCAUUCAAACUGAUUUGUGAAAGAAAGGUCAAACCCCUGUACUUGGUUGCCCUUUUGAAAUCCCUAGGAGAAGAAAAAUGCAUAGUUUUUACAAGAUUUGUGGACUCAACACAUCGUCUAUGCAAAUUGCUGAAUUGUUUUGGAGAUCUGCAAAUUGACAUCAAAGAGUAUUCUGGUCGUCAACAUCAACGUGUAAGAAGCAAGACACUGAAUGAGUUUAGAAAACGGCAGUUUCAAGUGCUUGUAUCUUCUGAUGCAAUGACUCGUGGAAUGGAUGUAGAAGGUGUAAGAAAUGUUAUUAAUUAUGACGUGCCCAAAUACAUAAAGACUUAUGUUCAUCGAGCUGGCAGGAUUGCAAGAGCUGGCCAGACUGGGCGUUGGUUUACAUUGAUGUCAAAUGAUGAGGAAAUGGCCCCUGCAGCUUCGUCGAACAUGGUGCCUGCAUCUCCACCACCAAGCUUCAAAAGAAAUGAUCCAAGGAAACCGAAUAAGAAAACACUGGACCAAGAACAAGAUGUAAACGACAAUCCUUCUUCCGUCUCCAUGGACUGCAAAGUUCGUCUGCAAGCUCCAUUAGAUCACCAAGUUCAAUUUGACGAUCACGUUGUCAUCCAAGGAUCCGCCAAGGAAUUAGGAUCAUGGAACAAGAACGUUCCCUUAAACUAG